UAUGUAAGGAGCUCCAGUGAUUGUUGUGAAUGCUAAUACAAAAAGAGAAUAAGGAAGAAAGGCUUAAUUGGGAAAUAUAUAAGCAGCUAAGGCUGUAUCAGAUAUAGUCCUUACUACUCUUGGUCCUCGUUCAAUGUUAAAAAUGUUAUUAGAUCCAAUGGGAGGAAUAGUAAUGACUAAUGAUGGUAAUGCAAUUUUAAGAGAGAUUGAUGUUCAACAUCCAGCAGCAAAGAGUAUGAUUGAAUUAGCAAGAGUAUUAUUGAGUUAUUAUAAUUUAUAGGCUCAAGAUGAAGAAGUUGGAGAUGGAACAACAUCAGUUAUAAUUUUGGCAGGUGAAAUGAUGGUUGCAGCUAGACCAUUUAUAGAAAAGAAUAUUCAUCCAACUGAAAUUGUUAAUGGUUAUUUUAAGGCUUUAGAAGAUUCACUUUCAAUAUUGGAUGAAAUUGCAUAAUAGAUUGACACUGAGAAAAAANUUAGCUAAACAAAUACCCUCUUUUGGAACUUCAUAGCAUUCUUACCAAUCUAAUUCUCCUUCAUAACAUUUUUUAGGUUAAAUAUCAGAUUUGGUCUCACAAUUUAUCCACACAUUAUCUUCCCAUUAUGUUUUAUAAGCUUUAUUUAAUAUGGGGUAAAUCAUUUCUGCAUAUGUGAUGUACAUUGUUGA